GGCAGUGCCGCUUCCGCCGGGUGACCCUGGCGAGUCCUUCUGGGCGGCGGGAGCGGAGCCAUGGGGCUGCGUGACACCGUUGUUCACGCUGGGGAGCCCGAGGAGGAGGAGGAGCUGGUGGAUCCUCUGACCACCAUCCGGGAGCACUGCGAGCAGACGGAGAAAUGUGUCAAGGCACGGGAGCGGCUGGAGCAGUGCGAUGCACGGGUGUCCUCCAGGUCCCAUACAGAAGAGCAGUGCACAGAGGAGCUUUUUGACUUCCUGCAUGCCAGGGACCACUGUGUUGCUCACAAACUGUUUAAGAGCUUGAAGUGAAGGUGGACAUCACUGUCCAUCAGCUUCCAUGGCUCGUGUCGGCGGUUCCUGGAUUCACAGCACUGCUUUCGUCCUCCAUGUCAAGUAUUAAUGAAAUGGCUUCCUGGCAGUGGCUGAGCAUCAGUGUGUCACAGCAUCUGUCCUCGUGGAAGAUGUGCAGCGGUGCAAAAGACAUAUUGAUGUUCUGUGAUUUUCCAUAUUAAACAUUGAGAGUUCUCAUGGAAACA